AUGCACCACCGUCCUUCAUUUUUAGCACUCAUUGCGUUUCUUUUUGCCGUCACUCAAUCGACGACAUCUUAUCCUAUCCUGACUAGUAAAUGGGUCAAAGCAGAUCAAUUCGAAGACGCCAAGGCUCAUGGAUUACGGAAAGCUUUUGAAAAAGAGGGACUUGAUAUAUUGCCUGAGCCGCUAAAGGCUAAAUAUCACCUGGUCCCAUCAUGGUCAAACAACCAAAAUGACCAUGCAGCGGAGCGAGGACACGAUUAUCCCUAUACACACCAAACCUCCCCAGCCCUCGUCCCAACAACACUGGAUAUCAUGCCCGAGCAAAUGCAUGAGUACUACGACGGUCAAAUGCAAGACAAGCAGGAACAAAAAUCAACGUCUAUCAAUUCAAUUUUCGAACAGAGACAAAACCACUAUAGCGAGCUCUUGAGCUAUCUACACGCCAAAAACGCCCUGAACAAAGACCCCAACCAUUCUACCCCUGCAUCGUUCUCUCUCGCAUCCUCAGCCGGCCAUUCCGUCUCCUUCUUCUCCUACCGCUUCUCGUUGCCGACUUUGGGAUCUAGUACCGCGACUCUCCCCCGAUAUCCGCUUCCGGGAAUCUUUACAAUGGUGAUCAUCCUACUGGCCAUGGUUUGGAUUGCCAUAUUUACAAUUGGAUUGGUUGAAUUGGGAAGUUAUCUCUGGGCACGAAGGAGAGAGGCGCAAGUUGACGAUGAAGAAGUUGAGCAUGGUGAGGAGGAAAGUGUGCGCUUGGAGGACUUGAAGUCAGUGCCAUUCACAGUUGUUUUUCCACCGCAGGGAAUCAGGUCCAGCUCAGUGAGAGCAUGA